AUGUACUCCAGAAGUACGGGGACCAGAUCCGACACGGCGGUGGUGGUCAUCCAGGAUGACAACGACGCAGCAUCCGUGGCAUCGACCGCGGCCACCACGACCGCCACAGAUGCAGUACCACCCUUGACGCGUGAGACUUCGACGGAUUCAUCUGGGGCGUCUUCGGCAGACACAGACAUGGCCAGUAGCAUACUGGGGGAUGGAUACAUGCUGGAGUCAGAAGACGGAGUGUUGACGGUGCCGUUUCGAUAUCAAGAGGACGCCGAUCUGCUCUGCCCGUUCCAGAUCCUCGACUGCGACCAGGUGUUUGCCGACAUCAUCCACUUCAAGAUGCAUGUGUUUUCGCACUUCCGCGGCCACGAGUUGCCGACCUUCGCCACCUGUUUCCUAUGCGACAACAAAUAUGUCUCGCAUCCGGAGGACGACGACCCGGCGCUGGCCUGGAACACCAUGCUGUCUCAUAUGGUGCAUGACCACUUCCGGCAGGGCCAACACCUUGCGACAGUGAGGACCGACUUUGGCCUGAUGAAGUGGAUGUACAACCGGAGGAUCAUCAAUGAUCAACAGUUCAAGAGAACCCAGUUGAUCCCUUACCAGACUGUCCUGCCCGGAGCCGCCGGCCCGACGAGGAGACAAAUUGUAAAUGUGGCAGAGCUACCACGAGCGCCAUCAGCAUCGCCACCUGCGGCCAUAAGAGCACACCUAGCCCUGUCGAUGGGCUACCAGAAUGAGCCAUACACAAUGAAUGCUGGGCGGCGGCAAGAAAGACGCCGACGCGACGCCACUCGAACCAUAGUCCGAGCACACAGUUAUGUUUGA